AUGUUGGUGACGGCAUUGUCCAGAAGAUCGCGUUCGGUUCGACACCGCUCUUAUUUUGCGGAGGGUGACAAAGUGUUAGUACGUGAUUUUAGAGCAUCCUCAACAAAAACACAAUGGAAACCGGGAUCAUUAAUUCGCCGUCAAGGAUCUCGAUUAUGGUUAGUCAAAGUUGGUGAUCAGACUUGGCGACGCCAUGAAAAUCAACUUCAAUUGCGGCAUUGGGAUGUUUCGGAUGACAACAUGAAUGAUAUUGUUCCAUUGACUGGUAUAUCACAAGCAGUUACAUUGGAUGCAGAUGAAGAAUAA